AACUGAUUCGGGACUUUUGAACGAAGUGCGCCAGACGAGGCGUCUACGACAUGCAAACCCUCGCUCAUCAGGUACCUUCCUCCUGUAAGAGAAACACCCAGCUAUCGAGAGACCUCUCAGCGCCGAGGUAACUGAAGCAUUGCCCGGCACCGUUGGCGCAAGUCUACCGGCCUCACCGUCCGACAUCGCUGUAAUCAAUCAGCUACUAAGAGACUGUCUUGAAAGUUUGCCUCAUAUGAUAAAGGGUCUAGUAACAACCACUGAGUUGCCAUAUCAUCAUCAUCAUCAGCGACACUGAACUGACAUCUCUCUUACACCAAGUUUACGUCGUUUUGAAUGUCCAGGGUUCUGACGGCACUUGCAACGAUCCUUCUCAUCUUGCGAUCCUGAACACAGACAGGGAAACACUGCUAUCAAAAAAUCACAUCCAGGAUGAUGCACGACGCGUCGAACAACUUCACAAAUGGCCCUGUGUUCACAGAUUCGCACGGUCGAUACUGUACACACGAUAGGUUGAAAAGGUAAGUUGCUAGCAGGGGUGGGGGCGUCUGCAGGGAAUGCUGGAGGUUGGGUGAUGUCGUAACAGGUACGCAUUGUUUUGCUACCUGGCAAGCAUAACGCGCUUGUGUGUCCCUUGUACACGAUACCUGACACUAGUCUUUCGAUUCCCGGUGUCGUAGCCGGCCUCGCUGCACACCCAAGGUCACGAUGCUUCACACCAAAUUCAAGUCCUCUCACCGCAUUACCUCAUACACGACUCGGACACCGAGUUCGCACCGGGAUUCCUCGACCAGAUCAUGCAGCGUUUCUCAUUUUAACGAUUUUCCCUGCGUUUUUUGCCUGAUCUUGUGAACAAGUUUAGAGGCUAGUCCAAACGCUGCAGAGCUAGUGUUCACGAAUAGCUUUUCUCGACUGCCUAAUAUUGCUCUAACCAGUGUCAAGAUGAAAUCGCCCUUUGAAAGCUGAGACAAGUCAGACUGCUGUUUAUUGAAUACGUCCAAGUCUCAAUGCCAGAUUUUCCUUUGUCUCACAAUUACGCGGACGACGAAUUGCUUCUUUCAUUUUAAUGACAUAUCGGUCAAUAACCAAUGGUUGGUUUGCCAUGGUCAUGUUAUGAACAUGAUAAAACCCAGUGACAAAGAAUACGACCAUCACAGGCAUGCCUGUCGCGUGCAGCUUGAUAAUGCUGGCCAUGUCGGGUCUUGGCAACAAGCAUGAGCAACUCUGUUCAGUUAAUAAUACUGCUUUCCGACAUACCGCCUCAUACUACGAAACACACUUGACAACAAUUUCCUAGGCCAGCUAACUGGUUAGAGGCCAUAUGCCUAAAUGGGUCAACAUUCGGCUCGUGACUCGAAGAGGCCGGUUUUCCAAGAUGAUAUGCAGGAUCCACGAGUCAAGCGAAAACGAGCCCCAGCCUGUUGAUUCAAGGGUCUUGAAUCAAGGCUGACACGACAUUGCUCAGACUGCGAACAAAGUGCUCGAUCCGCUCAGUUGUUCAAAGUUUUGAGCAUGACAGAAUCAACUUUUGAUAACCUGGCGGUUAUUGCAGUCCUGAUGAGGCGUGCCAAGAGAAUAGAAAAAGUAAGGUGGGGACAAAAGGAAACGAAGGCAAGCAAAAUUCGCCGAGAGUACAGGGUACUCUUGGGACGUUGGAGACAAUGGUCCGUGGAAAAAGGAAACGCUAUCGGAGAGUCGCCUGGGUUUAAUCAAAGCCGGACAUCGGCCCAGAGGAACUUCUUGGUCACGCACUCAGCUGUCCCUGAAAUGCAGGCACGCCUAUAAUCACAUUGACCAGCACCCAAUGCUAACACAGCAUCGUCUCGAGACGUUGUUCCAGGGUCCCUCAUCUUGUUGUCGACGCCAACCGUUCAAUGGCUCCCGCAAGCAUAGCGGGUGUUCCCACCAAAGCAGAUCUCAGUGGAGCAGGGUCCCUUGGAAACCCCUCAUCUUCCCGCCAUUGCAUCUGCUGAAGGACGAGGGUGGGAAGUUGAAGGCUUCGAUUCUGGCUCCAGAAGGUUAUGGUGGAGUCCUUCCCGUGAGGAGGCGGACUCCAUAGUUGGAGAAAACAUCGUCUUUUGAGCCGCUGACGCUCGCCUAUCAAGAACCCUCGCAUGUUGUAGCUAUUAGCUUAACAGCAACAAUGCGACAGCAUAUCGUCCGUCAUGAGGACUUUGUUAACCUAGCAUUUCUGGCUCACCUCUCGGAGUCGGGCACUCGGCCGCCAAAUCUGGCUGCCUAGAAACCCGAGUCCUUUCCGUGAUCGGACGAUGACCAUCCAAUUCGAAACAAAGAAGGAACCUUGGAGAAGACCAUAGGGAGCGGGAACACCGAGAGACAAGCAGGCAUCAUUCCCGGGAAACAACAAGAGAGAACGACUGUGCUGUUACGCUAGCUCGUUGAGGUUUGGAGGAAUCUUGAGCCCAUGUCCCUGAGGUUGAGAGCUACCCUACCCUUGCCUCGGUGGCGUCGCGCUUUAGGCAAUGAAUGGGCGCGGAUGCCAGACAUGUGUCAAGGCCGGAGCAUUGUGGAAAACACAACUGCCAGAUCGUUGUCAAAAGGGUCACACACCUUUCCUGUUAUCAAUCUCGUUGAUACAUAAAAUCAUUGUCGUGUUGAAAGUGCAAGAAUUAUUGGCAAUUAUUGCGCAAUUCAUAUCAAACUCGUUGCAGGGCCAGUUAUCACUCCAGACUCGUAAACAGUACUGGGCACGGCCUUGUCUCACAGAACGCUUAUCCCUCGCUGUCAUGACUGGUGAUGACGUCCAUUUUCUUUCUCACUUUUUUUUUUUCCGAAACUUCACCGACUCGAAAUAUCACACAUGCCCCCGUUCUGGGCUUUGCUGUCCGAGAACAGUAUCGUGUACUCCACUCUGCUCAACUCCUGGUCUAACGUUAUUACUGGAGUCUCAACACUUUAUUUUGUGUUCAAGAAUUAACUGUGCUCUAACAUCAGACUAUUGAUAACAGUUCAGCCUCCUCUUGAGAAAAAUGUUAAGAGUGUACAGGCUGACGAGGCACUGCUACACUGCAGCUGAUGGUUGACAAAUGGUAUAGUCAAUAUCAAAUCAUAAAACGGUUUGUGCAUUUAUUCCCGUGGUUAUUAAUCAGGUUAAAGCGGGUGUCGUCGGCAGCAAUGUUAAGAUGUCAUCACGGGCCUAAGCAAAGGUCGCUAACGGGGGCUUAAUCUGGUAGGGAAUGGAUAAGUUAAUGCUCGCCUUUCUCAGCUUAAGUCCGGAAGAGGCACACCUUGAUGGAAAAUCCCUGUUCAGAUAUCGGAACUGCUUCAUUGGGAUACCCGAUAGCUUCUUAGUCGCUGACAUGCACGGCCAGGAUUCCCAAUGCUUCGGACAUUUGAAGAAGGAAUGGAGACAAUCUCUGAUGAUUGAGCUUCACUUUCGAAACAAUCGCGCAGCUUAGUGAAUACAGGGGCUAGCAACUUGAUUGAAAUGGCUGUUUGGGAUCGCCGAUAUUAUCUCCUUGAGUGUGAUUCAAGCCAGCCAAGCACAUCUCAUGUACACUCACACUCAGACGUACACACACACACUCAAAGCUUCAAUGCACCACACCAAUCCAGUGCCAUGUUCGGCAAUCGUUGGAGAAGCGGGACUGGUGGAGGCAUAAACUGCCGCUGAUGGUGCCGUACAGAGGAUGUUGAGCCUCAACGCACCAAGCUUCUUCUACGGGGUCCCUUCCCGCUUCAUGAGGAGCUUGAAGACCCGUAAGAAGCCACAACGAUCUGGACACACAAUAUAAGGCAAUGCACGUCGUGAUGGCUUCAUCUCGACACCACAAGUCGACAGCAAGUCGCCAACCUUGUUGUGCAUGUAACUCAUUCGACUCCCUGCAAUCUACUCAACGCUUUCCUCUUCCAACAAGGACGGCCCAUCACCG